CACACCAACAACACUUCCUCAGGAGAAAGGCAGAUGAGCCAGUGCAGCAGGCUGUCUGUUUUUUAAGAAACAGUAUUUCCUGGAUGUGUCCGUUCGGGGCUGUGACCGUCAUCGGAUCUCUCUCAGGGUGAACGGACAAUAUGGGGACUUACACAGACCACGGGGACCAGUACAUGCUAAAUGGGGGUCCAGACGGGGCAAAGGCAGCUCACGACAUACGGGAUAUGGAGCUGAGGGAGGAGUGGCAAGAUGAGGAGUUCCCCAGGCCUCUUCCUGAAGAUGCGAAUAGCCCUAUUGAUGAACAAGAGACUCCGGGAGAUAAUGGAAAAAGACCAGCUCCGCCCACUAGCCUGGCCCUGUCAGGAAACCCUAUGAGGAAGAAGCGCCUGGUGGCCCCGACCCUCAGCCUUACUCUGUCCCACACUGACUCACUGGACCACAGUGAAAAGUCAGGGGACACCGGCUACUCUGCGGCAGCUCUCUCACCCGACGAAGAAGACCCAGAGUUGGACAUUAACCUGGAGGCCUUGGAGACGCCCUCAGACAGCGAGUCCUGCAACUUCCCUGACAGCAUGCACGAGCUGGAGUGGGAGGAUGAUCUGCCACGGCUGGGCCGCGGAAAGGACCGGGUUGUGAACACCUUGGUGACAGAGCAAGCUGAAAUGGGCUCCUUGGAGUUAGACCAAGUGGACAGCAGGGGGCGGCGUUGGCGACAUUUCUGUGUGGCUGGGCAGGAGUACAUCGUCAACAUGAGUGUCCUGGAACCAUACCUCCAGGUGCUCUCCCACGGAGGUUAUUACGGCGAACCAAUGAAUGCCAUCAUCUUGUUCUCCUCCUGUUACCUACCAGAAAACACAGUGGAAAACUAUGAAUAUGUCAUGGACAAUCUGUUCAGGUACAUAGUGGGGACACUGGACCUGAUGGUGUCGGAGAGCUAUGUCAUGGUGUACCUGUGCAGCAUGGCCCCCAGGAACAAAAUGCCCGCCAUCAAAUGGCUGCGACAGUGUUACUCCUCUAUUGACAGAAGGUUGAGAAAGGAUCUGAAGGGGCUGUUUGUGGUCCACCCAGCCUGGUACAUCAAAGCCCUCAUCACUGUCGUCAAGCCUUUCAUCAGUGAGAAGUUCAGUCGGAAGAUCCGCUUCAUUCCCAGCCUACAGGAGCUGUCUGAUUACAUCCCUAUGGAACACCUACAGAUUCCCGUCUGCAUCCGAGAGUAUGACAUGAAGAUGAACAUGUGAGACGAGGCACACAUCGUGUGAAGAUCCAGUGUACAUACAGUAAAUAAAGGGUGGAUGAGUCAAGGAGGUGGCAACAGUAGACGUCAAAGAACUACGGGCUAAAUUACUUUGGAAGGUCAACAUCUAAGUUUUAGUCCAAAUACCACCCUGCAAGUAGUCUUGGAUGUGCAGCACUUUUUAAAAAGAAAAAAAGACUUUUGGUUUGUGCAGGCACACCUUUUUAUUUAUUCCUAAUUGAAUGUAUUGCCACUGACACAAGCCAGUGCAAUAGUUGAAGAAACAUUUACAUGCUACUGUUGAGAGCUACUUGAAUGCUGUCUCACACCUGUGAUGUUUUCUCACGGCUGAUUUAUGAGAACUAUCAUCAAGGUAAUUCACAGUCAGUGUGAACCCAACAAUAACAUUGUAGUUAAAUAUAAUAGGCCAGUAGAUAGGCGAAAUUAUAGUACAUUUUAUGACAGGAUUAUAAAAAGGUAAUUACAUUUUAUUGUAAGAUUGGUGGCGAUCUGGGAAGCCUGUCAGACAGCGCAGCCAUUUUAAGAAAUUGGGUGUCAUUUUGAAGUCAGUUUGAGGUCAAGAUUUCACACAAAACUACACUUACAAUGUGUAUGAGUGUCAAAGAUCUCGUGUCCUCCGAUGCGCUCUCUCCAAGCCGGUCUCAUUAUCAUACUUGUCACUUAACCAGGAAGUCUUUGCCUGUUUAUAUGUGCUCAGAUGACCACAAGGAGUCACUAGAGAAAGAUGACACACGGCAACUCUUUUUGGUCUCGGUGUGUCCCUUGGUCACUCACAGUGAUUAAGUUCUGCCAUUGCAUUCUUCUCUAGACAGUCCUGGCUGUGGGAGAGUUUUGAUGGCUCUAUUAAAAAAUAGUUUUAAAAUAUUUUGUGUUGCUGCUGGACUAUGACCAAAAUGACCUCAAUAGGCUCUUAGACGUCAAGUCCCUAACAGGAAUUCGGAAAGGCAGACAUUGACAGACAGGCUUUGCAGGCUGCCUCAAAAUUAUAAGGUAUGCAGUAUUUGUGUACCAAGUUUAAUAAUCCUAUUAUAAAAUGCACAAUAUUUGAUAUAAUUGCUUCUUGCUCUGGACUAAAAGGUCCAAAUGGUUUUCUGUUACAGUUACAGUGGGAGUAACGUUGACUGAUUAACUGCUACGUAAUCUGUAUGGCAGGGGAUCCCAAAAGGUUUUGGCUUGUGACCUCAUUAUAAUAUCACAAUUUUGUGUAACAAUAAGUAACAUAUUCAAUGAACAAUUUACUGUCUUAAUUGGAGCUAUGGCGUUCUUUAGAAUGUAGUUUAUUCUGUAAUAACAUAUAAAACUGAAGGUAGUAAGGUUUGAAAUGAGAUGAUAAGGUAUGUGAAUUUCAGGAAAAUUUAAGGUAGAUAAUCGGUCAAUAUUUAUGUGUGUGUUGAAAUGAAAAUUAAGCAUUGAUAACAAUUUAUUGCCUGGUCCUAUCUACCAUGUUUUUACAGGAGACACUUGUUCCAGAUAUAUGUAUCUAUCAGGAAUGGAGUCAAGAUUUUUUUUCUCUGUUAAACUACUAAAAUGUUAGCGCCAUAUUAGUACAAAGAAUAUUAAAAGGGCUCUGUUUUUUAGUGCCCCAUGUAAUAUCUAUCAGAGUCCGGUUAGCAUGUUCAAGUGGCUCUCUUUUCCCAGGUUCUCUCAUAACCCCAUUUUGUUAAUCAGUCAACCCCCAUGUGUUUCCAGUCUGGGCACCACUGCAGAAUGGACUCACUGGACUGUUCCAGAACAAUACCUUUUACUUUUAGAUUGUUAGUGAGGUGGGAGAAUUUUUUAAAUGUUUACUUACAUUUGAUUAAUGUGCAACAUAAGCAUUACAUUAACAGGGAAACAUUAGUGUAUUCUAAUAAAAAAACAUUGUUACUGUGUUUUUAAA